CCGAACUUCGCAAAUGGGAAAAGGAGGAGGCCGCCCGCCAGGAGGAAAUUCAACGCCGGCUGGAAGAGGUCGAAGCAGCACGUCGGCAGGCCGCAGCCGAAGCUGCAGCAACCGCACGGUUGCAUCAGCAGCAGGUCGAGGCAAGUCAAAAUCAAGCUCGUUACCAGGCCACAAUGGACCUCGCAAAAGACGAAGCCAAGUACCGCCGACUACUUCGACGACAACAUUUCCAAGCAACCGAAGAACGAGAAGAGCCGACCGAGGAAGAGAGCGACAAGGAAUCCACAACAGUAUUAAUGGAAAACCUGCUGUACACGUGCAACUGGCAGCAACACGAACUGCUGGCCAUGAAGCAGAUCUUCAUCCGCUACGAAACAACUUUUCGGACGCAGGAUCAGAAGAUCGUUGCCUUGCAGACCGCGAACCGCGACCAGCAGGCCAUCAACGACCAGUUGCAGACCACUGUCAGUACAGGAUUGGCACGAUUGUGUGCAAUUGAGUCAACGGGCAGUGCAGUUGUAGACUGCAGCCCAACUUUGGCCACUCAAGCCAAGCAACUCGAGGAGCGGAUCAACCACGCCGUAGCAUCCCUUGGCGACAUCAGCAAGUUUGUUGGAGCAUCGACAGUCAGCAAUCAGCUGCAGACAUUCAGCGACCACGUUCAGCAACAACCGGCCGCCGUCGCCAAAGAAUGGAAGAUGCCGAACUUCAAGAUUGAGAAGUUCGACGAUUACCACAAGACUGAUCCGCUGCAGUGGUGGAUGACAUUCAACGCAGAGGCAGACGUACAUCAUGUCCCACCCGAACGGUGGCUUGACGCACUCUACCUCCAACUCAUUGGAGGGGCGCAGGCUUUCAUGACUCACAUGGUCGUCACGUUGGAAUGCACCAUCGCCACCCUCCACACCAAGAUCACGUGGGAGGAAUUCGAGAAGAAGUGGAGGACCUGGUUCAUGGUCAACAACGACAAACGUCACGCCUUGAACAAGAUCUUCCGCAUCUUUCAAGGCCAGCAAACAUCACGGGAAUGGCUGACGGAGUGGCAAAGACUCGUUGCCACUCCGGAGUUGAACCUGCCGUUCGACUCAAUCCGGGCCGAAUUCUUCGCCCGGUCUUGUGACGCCUUGACAGCUGCUCUUGGGAACGAAUUCCAGUAUGAGACAUUUGAUGCCAUGAUCUCAAAGUCCAGGGAGCUCAUACAAGGUAGCCGGCGCGCGGCCAAUGAGGCCCGCCGCCGGUUACGUGGAGAAAGGCAAAGCUCCCGCCGGAAUAGUACCAAAUCGGCCCAUGGGAUCACUCUCGAGGACGUGGCCGUACCUCCGCGCGGAUGCAUCUACCGAAUGAGCGAAGAGGAGUUUCAAGUGCUUGAGGCACAACUAGACGACCUCUUGGCAAAGGGCUGGAUUCGCCCUAGCUGUUCGCCAUACGGUGCUCCCGUUCUUUUCAUUCGGAAGAAGAACAAGGACCUUCGUUUGUGUAUCGACUAUCGAAAAUUAAAUGCACAAACGAUCAAGAACGCCGACCCUCUCCCUCGGAUCGAUGAUCUUCUUGAACGACUAGGCGGGGCCAAUUACUUAUCGAAGCUUGACCUCAAAUUCGGAUAUCACCAGAUCGAGAUCCAGCCAAAAGAUCGGUACAAAACCGCAUUCAAGACGUGGUAUGGACAUUUUGAGUGGAUCGUCAUGCCUUUCGGUCUCACCAAUGCCCCGACUACUUUCCAAGCGGCCAUGACGACGGAAUUCUGCGACCUGCUCGACCACACCGUACUCAUUUACCUCGAUGAUAUCUUGGUUUAUAGCCGGUCGUUGGACGAGCACCUCGAGCACCUUCGCGCCGUUUUGGAGUGGCUCCGUAUCGCCAAGUACAAGGUGAACCGCGACAAGUGCGAGUUUGCCCACCAAGAGCUGGAGUACUUGGGCCAUUACGUUACACCGCAAGGCAUUCGUCCGUUUGCGGACAAACCACGGCGUUCGGGAAGACAUCGUCAACGAUUGCGACACUCGUUUCAUAUCAACCUUUUGGACGACACUCAUGGUGGAAUGCGGCACCAGCAUGAAACCGAGUUCCGCACGACAUCCUCAAACGGAUGGGCAAACGGAACGUGCGCACCGGACUGUGCAGAUGAUGCUCCGCACAUCCGCCCGGAUCAGAAGGACUGGGUUGACCGCCUUCCUAACAUCGAGUUCGCCUACAACACUUCGGUGCACCCGACGAUCAGCGUGACUCCUUUUGAGUUGCAUCACGGUGGACGGAAAGGUCAUAUCUUCGCAGACAUUUUGCUUCCACGGGCUGCCGAUAUCGACGCCGCUUGCUCCCCUGCUUCUACACGGAAGUACAGGGAACUGUUGGCCAAGGCCCGCACAAAUAUGCAAAAGGCUCAGGUCCGUAUGCAGCAGCAAGCGAAUCGGCGUCGCAUCCCAUGUCCAAUCUGCGCCGACAACCUUGUUUGGGUCACCUCCGAGGAAUUCGAGCUUGAGCAGCACGUCUCGCGCAAGCUCCUCCCCAAGUGGUUUGGGCCAUGGAAGGUCACUUCAGAAGCUGGCGACGACCCCGCGGGUCCCUCUUUCAUAAUCGAGAUUUCCCCGCACCUGACGGUCCACCUAGUAUUUCACACUUCAAAGCUGGCAGUCUAUACUCCAGCCUCACCAGCGGAUUUCCCGGGCAGACAGUCACACGACCCUCCAUCAAUGGAUGGUCACCAGGAAGUCGACCGCGUCCUCGCUCAUCGCAAGCACGACAAUAAGCCGAUGCAGUACAAAGUUACGUUCAAGCAAUGCAAUCUCGACGACACACGCCGGAUUUCACGAGCUGAUCUAAAGGCGACAACACCCCUCAUCUUCGAGCAUUACCAAAAACAACGACUUGCUAAGGAAGCUGCCCAACCUGCCCGCUCCGUACGGAUAUCGGAUAGACAGCUUUGCCCUCGCAGCUAGCUCGGUUUUCAAGGGGGGGAGUGUGUGGCAUACUUAUACCACACGGGCCCCAGUAAG